UGUGGAGUGCCACAGAAAAAUGCUACAGAAAUGUUUUCCGGAUGCGAUCGUUUCCAAGGCUCCAAGACAUUGAAGUGCGAACCUGGGGACAGAGAGAAUUAGCUGCUACAUUUCUUCGGAGAGCCUUUCUCCAGGCUUGCCUUGGUCAUUCACCUCGGCUGAGAGCAAUGGCUGACAACGAGAACGCAGCGGCGACCAACACUGAACCUCCUGAAGAUACACCAGGAGCGAAAGAGUUGGACAAAGUGCCGUCAGCUAAACCUGACACCGAGCUCUCACCUCCGCUCAUCUCCAUCGAUUCCAGUUAUGACAAAUCUGGAGAACCAUAUCGGCACAGGCGUGUAGGUGCUUCUAGAUUGAAACAUUCAGGAUUAGGAGCAAUUAGAACGGCAGCAUCUCCAACAACAUCAGUGUCAACUCAAGGAAAGAAGACCUUACUGUUUUCUACUGAGGCAAAAAAGCAAAUGAUGAAGCAAGCCAAAGCAGCAAAAGACGAACGAAAGUCUCAAAUGGACUCUCGCCAUAGUUACCUCAUAUCUAAAUUAGCUGAUGGAACUGGUCUGGAAGAAACAGUUGUACAGGACUUCAUUAUAUCAGAUGAAAAGUAUCAUAUGAUUGACGAGUUCUUUGCACCAAAUGGUUCUAAAAAAAUAUUAUUUUAUUACCAAGAAGCAGCCGCUAACAUUGAAUUGAAACGCUUAAGUGCAGAUACAUCGCGAAGCAUACCUCAGAAAAGACUGUUCAUCACUAAUGGCUCAGCUGAGGGUUUGACUGGAGAUUGUUUAUUUUUUCUUCGAACGACGAAUAAAAAUAUCAGCACAGCUAAUGUUUCUCAGGAGGUAAAUUUUGGCAUGCUUAAUUGUUCUGAAGAAAAUCUACUUCAAGGAUUCGAGAAACUCCUUGGCAAUGUAAUGGUACCUGCACUGCGAUCCCAAGAGAAUUGGGGAUCUAUUAAAGAAGGACUAAAGAAUGUUCAGAUUCAGGAGUUCUUUGAAUCCUUGGACAAAUUUGUUGGCAAUUUGACCACAGCCAGGAAAAAUAUGGAAAGGCAAAUUAUUCUUGCAGAGGUUACCACAGCCUACAACAUUGAUGAUCUGCAUAGUCCCUCAGACUAUUUGAUUGCAGCUAACAACACUGAAUGUGUGGAGCAACUUGAGGGAGUGUUAAUGUCAUGGUGUAAACAAAUUGAACAAGUCUUAGCUGAAAGUGAGCAAAUGAGAAAAGAGGCAGAUGACAUUGGGCCCUCAGCAGAGUUGGAUCAUUGGAAGAUGAAAAUGGCAAAGUUUAAUAGCCUUCUUGAUCAAAUUAAGAGUCCUCAAGUAAGAAGAGUAAUAGGCAUUCUUCAGGUUGCAAAAUCCAGAUCAUUGAAACAUUGGAGAAAACUGGAUAGCAAUAUUACUGAUGCAGCAAAUGAGGGUAAAGAUAAUGUGAAAUAUCUCUACACACUGGACAAAUUCUUUGGACCUCUUGCCAAGUGCACACCGGCCACCAUGGUUGAACAUGUUCCCAACUUGAUGAACAGUAUUCGGAUGAUCCACAGCAUUUCAAAGUACUACAACACAUCAGAGCAUAUGACUUCUCUCUUUAUCAAGGUUACCAAUCAAAUGAUUAGCACGUGCAAAAAGUACCUCUGCCAGGGUGUUGUAAAAAUAUGGGAGCAUGACAGACAGGAACUGCUGAAGAGAAUCAAGGAAAGCAUACAGUUAAACCUUGAGUAUCAAAAACACUUCCAACGAAUCAGGGAGAAGCUUCAGGAAAAUCCUAAGGAGAGGCAAUUUGAAUUUAGUGAAAACUACAUUUUUGGUAAAUUUGAUACCUUUUGCAAACGACUGGAAAAGCUUAUGAAUGUGAUAAACACCAUGGAAAGCCUCUCUGAUCUACAGAAUGUUAAAAUGGAGGGAUUUGAUAAAAUAUACUUGCGUUAUCAGACAAUUAUCACCAGUUUGAAAUCAAAGACUUAUGAUGUACUGGAUCACAGAAAGCAAGAGUUUGACAAUGAUUACAAGGAAUUUAAAGAACAGAUGGAAAGACUAUAUCAGUCAAUGCAGGCAUUUAUGGAUUCCUGGUUUGAACAAUCUUUAACUAUAGAACGCAUGCUAGAGUUGCUUGGCAAGUUCGAACGUAUUGCUGGAUCACAACUAGAAAUAAAUGACAAGUAUCUAGUUGUCCUGCAACGAUUCGCGCGAGAUUUAGACCUUGUGCGCAAGACCUAUCAAAAACAAAGAGAAAAUCCACCGACACCUCGGAAUAUUCCACCUGUGUCUGGGAAGAUCAUGUGGGCCCGCCAACUAUUCAGAAAAAUAGAUAUUCCCAUGAAGUUUCUGAAAAACAACACAGAAAUUUUGAAGAGCCCCGAAAUGAAAAAAGUUAUCAAAAACUAUAACAAGAUGGCAGCUGUUCUUCUGGAGUUUGAGGUGUUGUAUCAUAGGGGUUGGUGCCGAGCUGUUGACUUGGCCCGAAAUGGACUUCAAGCUUCUCUGAUUGUUCGACAUCCUGAAACUAAGGGAAUCUUAGUGAAUUUUGAUCCAGCCGUGCUUGAGCUACUUUUAGAAGCAAAGUACUUGUACAAAAUGGGACUUGAAGUUCCACAAGUAGCUCUAAACCUAUGGCUAAAAGAGGCAGAAAUUAAACACCAUUAUUUAAGCGUUCAGGAACUUUUACGUAAUUACCAAAAUGUGGUGAACAGUAUUCCAUCUAUUAUUCAACCAUUGUUGAAGCCUUUUAUUAACCAAGUGGACGAUGCACUGAUUCCUGGACUGACUAUGUUGUCUUGGACCUCCUUAAACAUUGACAAAUUUGUAGAUAAUGUGUACAUCUCCUUGAGAGAGCUGGAGAAAGUCGUGAAGCAAGUAUCUGACACAUUAGAGUGUAGGAUUGAGAAUAUUCUGCACGAAAUAUCUCUUACUGCCCUGGUCGACCUUCCUGAAGAUGACCUUGUAGAAGUUCCAGCUUUUCUAGAGAUGACUGAAAAUAUUGUUGCCUCAGCUGGACAAGCUUUGUCUACACAAAGCCAACAGGUGGAGUGUUCAAUGUAUCAAUUAAUGGACUCAUUGAAACAAAAAUUAAAGCCAACAGAACAAGCCAAUCUUGAGGAUACGUAUGCAUGUUUGCAUCCUGAUGCAAAGCAAAAAACACGUUGUCAAGAAUGCUUGCCCUGCUGCUACUAUAACCUAAUGGGACAACUUUGCCAAAGGAAUGUCGAUGCCUUGGUGAAAUGUACCAGGUUAUCAUUGGAUGCUCUCAGGCGUCAUUUACAUGUCACUACUUCUAAGUAUGAGGCAGCAAAACCAUUUCCCAGUGGUGAUGUCGAGACACCAACGACUCCAUUCUUCAAAUCUAAGAUUGUACUGGUAAUUCCAUGUGUUGUCAUGCGACCAAGUCUGGAGGAUAUUCAGUCUGUCCUUAACAGAGCUGUGAACAUAAUUCUCUCCAUGCCCAAGGAUAUUCCUCUUUGGGCCUUUGCCCAUCUACAUCUGAAACAGCAGCAGAUUGAACAGAAUGCUGCUCGAGAACUCGGUGAUGAUAGUAUCCUUGGUAAACAGGUAGUGCUCAAAUCCCUUGAUAAACAGAUUAGUGAACACAAGGAUGUCACUAAGGUUGUGAUCCAACUCAGUUCCAUAAUUUCCAUUUUAAAGAGUGAUGCAGCAAAAAUUCUUGACAAUUUCUCUCCCUUCUCCCACUUGUGGAAUCAGGAACCUCCUGAAAAAGUAAAGGAAUUCAUGGAUUCAAAUCCAAUCCUCUCUGAGUUCCACGAACAAAUCACAUUUUAUGCUCGAUUGGAGAGCCAGAUUGACGAGCUGCCCUCAUGUUACGAAGUUGGUUCAAUUCAAUUUGACACACAGCAUUUGAAGUUGGCAUUGAUUCAGGAAUGCCGUACCUGGAAGAGGGCCUUCGGUACGGCCUUAAACAGAAAAACUGCAACAGAAAUGGAUGAGAUUUUUUCUUUUAUUGAAAAUCUUAGCAAACGACUGAGCCGACCAACUAAUGAUUUAGAUGAUGUGCGGGGAGCCAUGGCCGCUCUGAAAGAACUCAGAGAUGCUGAGAUAAAGAUUGACAUGACCAUUGAACCUAUUGAAGAAACUUAUGCCCUCCUAAAUAAGCAUGAGCUACUAUUUCACGAUGGAAAUGCCGAAAGAGUUGAUGGACUAGCUUAUGCAUGGAAAAACUUAAAUGCACAGGUUGUGCAGACACAGACUAUACUUUUAAAAGUGGAACCUGCAAUGAAGACUGAUCUGCAGGAUGGGGUAAAAAUCUUCCAAACCAAUGUUCAGAAUUUUUAUCAAGACUACGAUACAAAAGGUCCCGGUGCUGAAGGUCUUCCACCUCAAGAAGCUAGCGAAAGGCUGCAGAUCUUUCAGGCUAACUUUGAGGAGCUCUGGCGGAAAUUUACUACUUAUUCUGCAGGAGAAGAACUCUUUGGGCUGCCUGUUAUUGAUUAUCCUGAUUUACAAAGAAUCAAACGUGAGCUCACAUUACUUCAGAAAUUGUAUGGUCUGUAUAAUUCAGUUAUCGAUAACGUUAGUGGCUACAAUGACAUUUUGUGGAGCGAAUUGGAUGUUGAAAAGAUCAACAAUGAACUUCUGGAUUUUCAGAACAAAAUACGGAAACUACCCAAAGCCUUGAAGGAAUGGCAAGCUUUCAAUGACUUGAAAAAGAAGAUUGAUGAUUUCAGUGAAACUUGUCCGUUGCUUGAAAUGAUGGCUAACAAAGCAAUGAUGUCAAGACACUGGGAAAGGAUUGCACAAGUCACUGGCCAUACAUUUGAUGUUGAAUCUGAACAAUUCGCUCUCAAAAAUUUAACAGAAGCACCGUUACUACAAUAUAAAGAGGACAUUGAGGAUAUUUGUAUUAGUGCAGGAAAAGAAAAGGACAUUGAAGCAAAACUAAAAGCAGUGAUCAAUGAAUGGAAUGGUCAUGUGCUGACAUUUGCCCCAUUCAAGACAAGGGGUGAGUUGCUACUUAAAGGAAUGGAUAUCACGGAGAACAUUGCACUAAUGGAGGACAGCCUAAUGAUUUUAGGCUCGUUAAUGAGUAACAGGUACAAUGCACCAUUUAAGCCCACAAUUCAACAAUGGGUGCAGAAGCUCUCAAAUACCACAGAAAUAAUUGAAAACUGGCUUACAGUUCAGAACCUUUGGAUUUACCUGGAAGCCGUGUUUGUUGGUGGUGAUAUUGCAAAACAACUACCACAGGAAGCCAAAAGAUUUCAGAACAUUGACAAAUCAUGGCAGAAGAUUAUGCAACGAGCUCACGACAAUACAAAUAUUGUGCUGUGCUGUGUUGGGGAUGAAACUUUGGCACAACUAUUACCACAUUUACUGGAGCAGUUGGAGAUGUGUCAGAAAUCGCUUACAGGAUAUCUGGAAAAGAAACGCCUAUUAUUUCCCAGAUUUUUCUUUGUUUCCGAUCCAGCUCUACUAGAGAUCCUUGGUCAAGCCUCUGACUCUCAUACAAUACAGGCUCAUCUGUUAAGCCUUUUUGACAAUGUUAACAAAGUGGGUUUCAAUGAAAAAAAUUACGACCAGAUCCUUUGCUUCGAAUCUCAGGAAGGAGAAAAAGUUGAUCUCAUUGAACCAGUCACGGCACAGGGCAAUGUGGAAGUUUGGCUGGGACAGCUCCUGAACGGAGUCAGAAAGACAAUUCACACCAUUAUUCGACAGGCUUCAAUAGCAAUCACUGACAGUGACAUUAAAUUACACGAGUUCCAAGAUAUGUUCCCUGCACAGAUAGGUUUGCUGGGCAUUCAGAUGAUCUGGACAAAAAACUCUGAAGAAGCUUUGAAUAAUGCCAGAUUUGAUAAGAAGAUCAUGCAAACAACCAAUCAGACAUUUAUGGAUAUGCUUAAUGAUUUAAUUGACAUGACAACUCGAGAACUAACAAAAAUGGAACGGAUAAAAUAUGAGACACUGAUCACCAUCCAUGUACACCAGAAAGACAUUUUUGAUGAUCUGGUUAGGAUGAACAUUAAAUCCACGUCUGACUUUGAAUGGCAAAAACAAUCCCGGUUUUACUUUUUAGAGGACACAGACAAAUGCAUUAUUCAGAUUACAGAUGUUGAGUUCAACUAUUGCAAUGAAUAUCUUGGCUGUACAGAUAGACUUGUAAUAACACCAUUAACCGAUAGGUGCUACAUUACACUGUCUCAGGCCUUAGGAAUGAGUAUGGGUGGUGCACCAGCAGGACCUGCAGGCACGGGCAAAACAGAAACCACCAAAGACAUGGGGAAGUGUCUUGGAAAGUACGUUGUUGUAUUUAAUUGUUCAGAUCAGAUGGACUAUAGAGGUUUAGGCCGCAUCUACAAAGGUCUGGCUCAGUCUGGUGCAUGGGGUUGCUUUGAUGAAUUUAAUCGUAUUGAAUUGCCAGUACUAUCAGUAGCUGCUCAACAAAUUUACAUUGUACUGCAGUGUAAGAAGAACAAAAAACCCAAUUUUCUCUUCACUGAUGGUGACACUGUAGAAAUGGACAGAGAGUUUGGUAUUUUCCUAACCAUGAACCCAGGCUAUGCAGGACGUCAGGAACUACCUGAAAAUCUAAAGAUUCAGUUCCGUUCAGUAGCCAUGAUGGUGCCAGACCGUGCUAUUAUAAUGAGAGUGAAGUUGGCUAGCGCUGGUUUCCGUGAUAACCAAAUCCUCAGUCGGAAGUUUUAUACACUCUACAAACUUUGUGAGGAGCAAUUAUCUAAACAGGUUCAUUACGACUUUGGUUUGCGUAACAUUUUGUCUGUGCUGAGAACUCUGGGUGCUGUUAAGAGAUCAAAUCCAACAGAAGCUGAGAAGACAGUGGUCAUGAGAGUUCUGCGUGACAUGAAUCUCUCUAAAUUGGUGGAUGAAGAUGAGCCUCUGUUCAUGAGUUUAAUUAAUGACCUGUUUCCUGGGAUCACACUGGAUAAAGCUGGCUACCCUGAACUAGAAGCUGCCAUUGAGAAACAAACCUCGGAUGCAGGAAUUAUCUACCAUCCACCUUGGAUCCUGAAACUGAUUCAACUCUAUGAAACUCAAAGAGUCCGACAUGGUAUGAUGACCCUUGGUCCUAGUGGUGCUGGGAAAACUACAUGCAUCUAUACCUUGAUGAAAGCUAUGACAGACUGUGGAGCACCACACAAAGAAAUGCGAAUGAAUCCAAAGGCCAUAACAGCUUCACAGAUGUUUGGUACCUUGGAUGUUGCAACAAAUGAUUGGACAGAUGGUGUGUUUUCUACUCUGUGGAGGAAAACAUUGAAGGGAAAGAAGGGCGAACACAUUUGGAUAGUACUGGAUGGACCUGUAGAUGCCAUUUGGAUUGAGAAUCUUAACUCUGUUUUAGAUGAUAACAAAACUCUUACACUCGCGAAUGGCGAUCGCAUCCCAAUGGCACCAAACUGUAAAAUUAUUUUUGAGCCUCAUAACAUUGACAAUGCCUCCCCAGCAACUGUAUCCAGAAAUGGCAUGGUGUUUAUGAGCUCUUCAGUUCUAGACUGGAGACCUGUACUCAAAGCAUGGCUUCAGAAAUUGCCUACAACAUUGUCUGGCCAACUUUGGACGUGUUUUGACAAUAUUUUCCAGGAUUUAAUCAGUUUUGUCUUCACUGCUGUAUUUCCAAAAAUACAAAUUCUGGAAUGCAUGUACAUUAAACAAGCGAUUGACCUUCUGCAGGGCCUCUUGCCAGGAGUUGAAGAAAAGCAGCCUAGCCCGGAGCAAGUAGCUAGAUUAUUCAUUUUUGCUGUCAUGUGGUCAAUUGGAGCACUUCUGGAAUUAGAUGACAGAGCUAAAAUGGAAAGCUUUCUGCGGAACCACUCUACAACACUACAGCUCCCAGCAACCCAAGGAGAAGAAACAAUCUUUGAAUUUGUUGUUAGUAUUGAUGGUCACUGGGAACACUGGUCAAAGAGGGUGCCUGAGUAUAUUUAUCCUUCUGACUCAGUUCCAGACUAUUUGUCAAUCCUUGUACCAAAUGUGGACAAUGUCUGCACAGACUUUCUCAUGCACACAGUAAUGAAACAGGAAAAAGCUGUAAUGCUCACCGGUGAACAGGGAACAGCCAAGACUGUUAUGAUAAAGGGCUACAUGAGCAAGUAUAAUCCUGAAUUCCAUGCAACCAAAAGUCUGAACUUCUCCUCUGCCACUAUGCCCAAUAUGUUCCAAAGAACUGUUGAAAGUUAUGUCGAUAAACGCAUGGGCAGUACCUAUGGUCCACCCAGUGGCAAAAAAAUGACUGUGUUUAUUGAUGACAUUAACAUGCCCGUGAUUAAUGAAUGGGGUGAUCAGAUAACCAACGAGAUUGUCCGACAGUUAAUGGAACAGAAGGGUUUCUACAACCUAGAAAAGCCUGGAGAGUUCACCAGCAUUGUUGAUGUACAGUUUGUUGCUGCUAUGAUUCAUCCUGGUGGUGGCAGAAAUGACAUCCCUCAACGUCUCAAAAGACAAUUCACCAUUUAUAAUUGUACCCUACCUUCAAAUGCAUCCAUUGACAAGGUCUUCAGAACUAUUGCAAGUGGCUAUUUCUGUGAGCAGCGUGGAUUUCCUGAAGUGGUUUGCAAACUAGCAUCAGCUUUAGUACCAACUACUCGCAAACUGUGGCAGGCUACCAAGGUCAAGAUGCUUCCAACUCCAGCUAAAUUUCAUUAUAUUUUCAAUCUCCGUGAUCUCAGCCGAAUUUGGCAAGGAAUCCUCAAUGUCACAUCUGAAAUUUGCAAGUCACCAGAUGUCUUGGUGUCACUCUUUCAGCAUGAAUGUAAUCGUGUUAUUGCAGAUCGAUUUACCAACCAACAGGACAAAGAUUGGUUUGAUGCCACAGCAAACAAGAUUGCUUCAGAGGAUCACAGUGAUGCGAUUUUAGCAAAUAUUCAAAAAGAAGCUUACUUUGUUGAUUUCUUACGCGAUGCCCCAGAGGCCACUGGAGAUGAACCUGAUGAUGUUGAAUUAGAAGCUCCAAAAAUGUAUGAACCAAUUCCAUCAUUCGAUGAAUUGAGUGGACGGCUGAAAUUGUUUAUGGAGCAGUACAAUGAAGCUAUUAGAGGUGCAAAGAUGGAUUUGGUGUUUUUCAAGGACGCCAUGAUACAUUUGGUCAAGAUAUCCCGUAUCAUUCGAACUCCACAAGGAAAUGCUUUGCUGGUAGGAGUUGGUGGAUCUGGAAAACAGAGUCUUACUAGACUGGCAUCAUAUAUUGCAGGAUAUCAAAGCUUUCAGAUUGUACUCACAAGAACUUACAAUACAAGCAAUCUAAUGGAUGAUCUGAAGAUUUUAUACCGUAUUGCUGGACAAAAAGGUUUGGGGAUGGCAUUCAUAUUUACAGACAAUGAAAUUAAAGAUGAGUCCUUCCUGGAAUACAUGAACAAUGUUCUAGCCUCAGGUGAAGUCUCAAACCUUUUUGCUCGAGAUGAAAUUGAUGAAAUUACCCAAGACUUGAUCCCUGUAAUGAAAAAGGAGUAUCCAAGGCGACCACCAACUGCUGAAAAUCUCUACGAUUACUUCCUUUCAAGAGUGCGUAGUAAUUUACACGUUAUUCUUUGCUUUUCUCCAGUUGGGGAGAAGUUCCGUUCUCGUUCAUUGAAAUUUCCUGGCCUGAUUUCUGGUUGCACCAUGGAUUGGUUUCAACGUUGGCCUAAAGAUGCUCUUGUCGCAGUUGCUCAGCAUUUCUUAGCUUCUUAUAAAAUUGAAUGUACACCACAAGUUAAACAGAGUAUUGUGAACACCAUGGGGACAUUUCAAGAUACCGUGGCAGAGAAAUGCAUUGAAUACUUUGAACGAUUCAGGCGUCAGACCUAUGUGACUCCCAAAUCUUACUUAUCUUUUAUCGGAGGCUACAAAACCAUCUACGGAGAAAAAUUUGCUUACGUGGAAAUGCUGUCGGAGAGAAUGAAGACAGGUUUGGCAAAGCUUAUGGAAGCCGAGGUGUCAGUAAAUGAACUAUCCAAAGAACUUGUGACUAAGGAAAAAGACUUGGCGGUUGCUUCAAAAAAAGCCGAUGAAGUUCUGCAAGAAGUGACCUUAAAGGCACAGGCAGCUGAGAUUGUUAAAGCCCAGGUUCAAAAAGUGAAAGAUAAAGCUCAGCUCCUUGUAGAUGACAUAGCCGCUGAUAAACUUGUAGCUAUAACAAAACUGGAAGCAGCCAAGCCUGCAUUAGAAGAAGCUGAAGCAGCUUUACAGACAAUUAAACCUGCUGAUAUUGCCACAGUGCGCAAAUUAGGCAAACCACCUCACUUGAUCAUGCGAAUCAUGGACUGCGUGCUGCUUCUUUUCCAAAGAAAAAUAGAUGUUGUAACUCUUGAUCCAGAUCGCCCCUGUAUGAAACCUUCCUGGGGUGAAGCUUCAAAGCUGAUGAACAACUCUUCAUUUCUCCACAUGUUGUUGACAUUCGCAAAGGAUAGCAUCACAGGAGAGGUUGUGGAUUUGCUGCAACCAUACCUAGACAUGGAUGACUACAAUCUUGAGACUGCCAAGAAAGUAUGUGGGAAUGUUGCGGGCCUAUGUUCAUGGACAAAGGCCAUGGCAAGCUUCUUCGAUAUUAACAAAGAAGUACUUCCAUUAAAGGCAAAUCUAGCUAUGCAAGAAGGCAAGCUCGUUGUUGCCCAAGAAGAACUGAACAAUGCCCAAGCGCAGCUGGAUGACAAGCAACGGGAGCUCGAUGUAGUGCAGGCCAUGUAUGAUGCUGCAAUGUCAGAAAAACAAACAUUACUCGAUGAUGCGGAGGGCUGUAGGAAGAAAAUGAAUAAUGCCACUGCCCUCAUUGAUGGCCUGGGUGGUGAAAAGGUUCGGUGGACAGAAAGCAGUAAACUUUUUCAGGACCAGAUAACACGAUUAGUGGGUGAUGUACUGUUGGCUACUGGAUUCCUCUCUUACUCUGGCCCAUUUAAUCAAGAAUACAGGAACCUUCUGCUUCAGAUGUGGAAAGAAGAGAUGAGCAGCAACAAAAUUCCAUUCAGUGAUGACAUUAAUCUAAUCAACAUGCUGGUUGAUAAUGCUACAAUUGGUGAAUGGAAUCUCCAGGGUCUACCAAAUGAUGACCUGUCCAUACAGAAUGGCAUCAUUGUAACUAAAGCAACUAGGUACUCACUUCUGAUUGAUCCACAAGGACAAGGCAAAAUCUGGAUUAAAAAUAAAGAAAAAGACAACGAGUUACAGAUAACAUCGUUAAACCAUAAGUACUUCAGGACACAUCUGGAGGAUUGUCUUUCUUUGGGGCGCCCUCUACUAAUGGAGGAUAUAGGGGAGGAGUUGGAUCCUGCUCUUGACAAUGUGUUGGAAAAGAACUUUAUUAAAUCAGGAUCAACUUACAAAGUGAAAGUUGGUGACAAAGAAGUUGAUGUGAUGUUGGGAUUUACUCUGUAUAUCACCACCAAGUUGGCGAAUCCUGCUUACACUCCCGAAAUCAGUGCUAAAACUGCCAUUAUCGACUUUACUGUCACAAUGAAAGGAUUAGAAGACCAGCUUCUUGGUCGAGUGAUCCUAAUUGAAAAACAGGAACUAGAAGCAGAGAGAGUGCAACUGAUGAAAGAAGUCACAUCAAACAAACGAAGAAUGCAGGAGUUGGAAGAUAAUUUGCUAUAUCGUCUAACCAGCACUGAAGGGUCACUAGUGGAGGAUGAAUCAUUGAUUGAAGUGCUCCGGGUCACCAAGAUAACAGCUGAAGAGGUGAGUGACAAGCUGAGCAUAGCUGCAGAAACAGAGGUGAAGAUAAAUGCAGCUCGUGAGGAAUAUCGCCCUGUGGCCUCGCGUGGUAGCAUUCUUUACUUCCUCGUUGUUGAAAUGAGUUUAGUAAAUGUGAUGUACCAGACCUCCCUUCGACAGUUCCUGGGUAUUUUCGACAUAUCCAUGGAGCGAUCAGCAAAAUCACAAGUUACUUCCAAAAGAAUUGCCAACAUCAUUGAAUAUCUCACCUAUGAAGUAUUCAGAUACACUGUACGGGGCCUGUAUGAGAAUCACAAAUACCUCUUUACUCUGCUUAUGGCACUAAAGAUUGAUUUGCAAUGCAAGAAGAUUUCUCAUGAAGAUUUUCAGACUUUGAUUAAAGGUGGGGCUUCCUUAGACCUCAAUUCUGUCGAGCCUAAACCAAAGAAAUGGAUUAUUGACAUCACCUGGUUAAAUCUGGUUCAGCUCUCUCAAUCGUACCCAUUCACUCAACUACUUGCUCAAGUGACCAACAAUGAUAAAGCUUGGAAGACUUGGUUUGAUGAAGAAGAUUGUGAGGAAUUGCCUCUCCCUGAUGGAUAUGACACCACUUUGGACAUAUUCCGCAAAUUGCUGCUUAUUCGGAGCUGGUGCCCAGAUCGUACUAUUGCUCAGGCACGCCAUUAUAUUGCAGAGUCACUUGGACCAAAAUACGCAGAAGGAGUUAUUCUCGAUAUGGAAGCAAUGUGGGCAGAAGGUGAUAAUCGAAUACCUUUGGUGUGCUUCCUUUCUAUGGGCUCCGACCCUACUGAAAAUAUUGAGCGUUUGGCCAAGACCAAGAAUGUCCCUUGUCGGGCCAUAUCCAUGGGCCAGGGUCAGGAAGUUCACGCAAGACGUUUGUUGACUCAGAGCAUGCAGGAUGGUGGCUGGCUUCUUUUACAGAAUUGCCACCUGGGCUUGAACUUCAUGGAUGAACUUUUAGAUACACUGACCACAACAGAGACAAUGCAUGCUGGAUGUAGAACCUGGAUCACAACAGAGGUCCAUCCAAAGUUUCCCAUCAAUUUAUUACAGUCAUCUAUUAAGUUUACGAAUGAGCCCCCUCAAGGUAUGAAAGCUGGUCUGAAGCGUACUUUUAGCAGCAUUAGCCAGGAACAGCUGGAUGUCAGCAAUAUGCCACAGUGGAAACCUUUAUUAUAUGCGGUGGCCUUUCUUCAUACAACUGUGCAGGAAAGACGCAAGUUUGGUCCUCUUGGAUGGAACAUUCCGUAUGAAUUUAAUCAAGCGGAUUUUACUGCCAGUGUUCAGUUUGUACAGAAUCACUUGGAUGAAAUGGACAUUAAACGCGGUGUGAACUGGAGCUGCAUGCGCUACAUGCUGGGGGAAGUACAGUAUGGUGGACGAGUGACAGAUGAUCUGGAUAAGCAUCUACUCAACACAUUUGCGACUGUCUGGUUUGGGGAAAUCAUGUUCUCAGAUAAAUUCUGCUUCUACAAAGGCUAUGUCAUUCCACAGGGCAAGACAAUUCAAGAUAUCCUGCAGUACAUUGAAAGUCUGCCACUGGUUGAUAGUCCUGAGGUAUUUGGACUUCAUUCAAAUGCAGAUAUAACUUAUCAGACUAACAUGGCCAAUGAGACCCUUAAUACAAUAGUCAAUAUCCAACCUAAGGACAGUGGUGGUGGUGGAGGAGAGACCAGAGAAAGCACUGUACAACGUCUAGCAAAUGAAAUGCUGGAAAAACUACCACCAGUCUAUAUCCCGCAUGAGGUUAAAGCUCGUCUGCAGAAAAUGGGUGCAAUCCAACCAAUGAAUAUCUUCUUGCGGCAGGAAAUUGAUCGAAUGCAGCAAGUUCUUGCACGGGUUCGGAGUACACUGACAGACCUGAAACUGGCUAUAGAUGGAACAAUCAUUAUGUCUGAAGACCUUAGAGAUGCUCUUGAUAACAUGUAUGAUGCCCGAAUUCCAAAACUCUGGUUCAAAAUUUCCUGGGAGUCAGCUACUCUUGGAUUCUGGUUCACAGAGUUACUUGAAAGAAAUCAACAAUUUCACACCUGGAUUUUUGAUGGACGACCAAACCAAUUCUGGAUGACAGGAUUCUUUAAUCCUCAGGGCUUUUUGACUGCAAUGCGACAAGAAACCACUCGUAUGAAUCUUAACAAGGGCUGGGCUCUCGAUAGUGUUAUCCUUUAUAAUGAAGUGACCAGAAUGAUGAAAGAAGACGUUAGUGCUCCUCCUCCUGCAGAAAUUGGUGGUGUUUAUGUCCAAGGCCUGUUUCUGGAUGGAGGAGGCUGGGACAAAAAAUAUGCGAGGCUUAUGGAAUCAUCUCCAAAGGUGUUGUUCACCUUGCUUCCAGUCGUUCAUGUGUACGCUAUUAGUGCCACCGCACCUCCCGAUCCGAAAAAGCAGCAAGGGGCAAUGUAUUCGUGUCCCGUGUACAAGAAGCCCAGGAGAACCGACUUGACAUACAUCUUCUCUCUGUGUCUGAAGACUGUCCAGAAUCCCGAUCAUUGGACCCUGCGCGGUGUGGCCUUACUCUGUGACUCCAAGUAAACGCAAAAUGAGAAAGCAAGUGUGAAUUGCGCAAAGUGCAUUUAAGCGUUGAGUUUACUACAACAUUAAAUUAAGUUCCAAAAAUGUGAUUGAUUUAUUGCACAGUUUUGUAAUGUAAAUGCAACAUUCUGGAAGAUGUUUUCCAUGCUGUAUCUCUAAAACUAAAAAGAAACAAACACAAAAACAAUGCCUUGUAGAGUUUAGCAUUUAUUCUUGGGGGAAUAGAGGAUUACUUCAAUCUCUUACCAGAUAACUCUUUCAUAGAUAUGAUUAGUGAACAAAAUAGUGAACAAAAUAGAUAUGAUUGGCUCGCAAAAUUGCACAGCACAAAAUAGAUUAUUCAUCUCUUGAAUCCCUUCAGCAGUUUGUUUUUCGCUCAUGAUUCCAGCAUCUGAAUAUUCUCACGUCUCCAUUUUAAUGCUCUACUGCAAAAUCUCCACAGAAUAAGCUCACUUUGAAGACGCUCUCCUCUCUCUGACAGGGAUCACGUGAGACACUCUGCUCCCCCUCUGUGAUUCCUACUACUCCCCGGCUCUUUGACAGUGUUAUUAAAGUCUGAAGAAGGGUCCCGAACCAAAAUAUUAUUUUUCCAUUUCCCUCCACAGAUGCUGCCUGGCCCACUGAGUUUGUCCAGCAGUUUGUUUUUUACUUCCUUGUUGCUCUGUCUAAAUACUCCGGUCUAGCAUUAUAGGCAUACAUUCACUUGAAGAACAGCAGCAGUGCAAGAAUACCAUUUCCCACCACAUUGCCGGAGGCAGGUAAAGGUGGGCUAUAAAUGCUGCAUAGCUUAUGCCCCAGUAAUAAAAAUUCACAAGAAUAUUGUUUUAUAUUAAUAUUUUAGUUCAUUUACUUCUUAAAGAAUCCUUAAUGCUUCCUAUUAGGAACUGUUCAUUUAAGCAAAGCUCAUCCUUUUUUUGAUUAGUCUUUACUUUUUCAUAGUUCACGUAUUAAAAAAAUUAAGUUUGAUAAUAUUAAGGUAUUUGACUUUCAUGUAAUUAAUGUGUUUACUGCGGACAUACAUAUUUUGGCAAAACAUAUCUUGAAUAAAAUACUUGAGCCU